AUAUAUAUACAAAUAUACAUAUAUUUAUUUAGAUAGUAAAUACAUAUAUCAAUAUUUAUUUAACAAAUGUCAGAAGUAGCAUCCUUAGGUACAAUGAAUCAUGAAGAAAUUGAAAGAACAACAAAUGAUAUGGUUUUAAAUAAUAAAGAAGCUUCUAACCAAAUGGAAGGUAUGUCAACCCAUUCAUCCACUCAUAGUGCUACUUCAUCUACGACGACAACAAGUUCAGUCCAUGAUUUCUUUAGUUCUACACCAAAUGCAUCCUUUUCUUCUAGUACACAUAGUAGCUCAGGAGGGAUACCGCAUAAUACGGUCAUGAAUUAUGCUAUGAACAGUAGUAGAACCAGUGUUACCUCAGCUUUCUCAGAACAGUUAUUAGACCAUUCCCAUUUGAAGCCAGGCAGAGACGCCUCACUUUUGUCAUACCCACAAACGAUCAACAUGUACAGAGAGAAUGCGAAAAAGACAAAUAAUCCUAAUAUUCAAUGUGAGUUUGCCAACUUUAUAAUUGAAGCUGCCAAGCAACUACCGAACGAUGAUGUGAAUAGACAGGGAUAUUUAAUAGAGGCAGAAAAAUUAUUGAAGCAAUUGGCAGUGAAAGGUUUUGCUGAAGCACAAUAUAGUCUUGGUAAACUUUAUGAAGCUGGUUUAUUAAAUAAAAAGGGGAAACCUGAAUUAGAUAAAGCUUUCCCACUCUAUGUACAGGCUUCAAAACAUUUACAUGCUGAUGCCUCUAACAGGGCUGCAAAUUGUUAUGAACAUGGUUUAGGUUGUCGUGCAAAUGGUGCAAAAGCUAUUUUAUUUUACAAAAAAGCAGCUGCUUUGAGUCAUCCAGGCGCUAUGAGACGUUUAGGUACAGCUUAUUUUAAUGGUGAAUUAGGAGUGACAAAGAAUGCAAAGGAAGGAGUUAAAUGGUAUAAUCGAUCUAUUGAAGCUAUUAAUGCCGAUUAUCCAGAGGCACUCUAUGAUGUUGCUGAGUUAUAUAUCACAGGCGUACCUAACGUUGUUUAUGUUGAUUUAAAUUACGCUGUUUCGUUAUUAAAUCAAGCUGCUGAAUUAGGUUACGCUCCUGCUGCAUUCAAGCUGGGUGAAUGCUAUGAAUAUGGAAAAUUAAAUUGUCAACCCGAUGCUGCACUUUCUAUUCAUUAUUAUACCAUUGCAGCUGAGAAGGGACAUAAGGAAGCAUGCUUUGCACUGACAGCAUGGUAUCUGGUUGGCUCACCCAAUGUAUUACCCCAAUCAGAUGAGCAAGCCUAUGGUUGGGCAAAACGUGCUGCAGAUACUGGUUUGCCAAAGGCAGAAUAUGCAAUGGGUUAUUUUACUGAAGUAGGUAUCGGAUGUGAAAAAAAUCCCACUCUUGCCCUUCAAUGGUAUCAAAAGGCUGCAAACAAUGGUGAUAAACGUGCCAUUCAAAGACUUCAAGAUAAAACUCCACAACAGAAACUACCUACUGAAAAGAAAACAAGAAGUUCUAAUGAUGAUUGUAAAAUCAUGUAAAAAAAAAAAAAAAAAAAAAAAAAAAAAAAAAAAAAA